ACACACAGGGAGAGGAGAGGACCUGAGGGCGACCAUUGGACCCACAGCCGAGUGGCAGCAAGAAUGAACACUGAAAACUUUUCCUUAAGUGAGCACAUUGUUUCCUCUUCAUAUAUUCAACAGGGUUCACAGGCACGACGCACACAUGUCUUGAUUCGCCUGCUUAUAGAAAAGGGUAAAUGCCCAGAAGAUGGAUGGGAAGAGAGUACCAUUGAACUGUUUCUACAUGAGCUGGCUAUUAUGGAUAGUAACAACUUUCUUGGUAAUUGUGGAGUUGGGGAGAGGGAAGGAAGAGUGGCUUCAAACUUAGUUGCUCAAAGGCACUACAGAUUUAUGCAUGGGAUCGGGCGAUCAGGAGACGUUGCUGCUAUUCAACCCAAAGCAGCAGGAUCCAGCCUCAUGAACAAACUCACAAAUUCGAUAGUGCUGGACAUUCUUAGAGUGGCAGGUGUUCGAACUCUUUCCAGCUGCUUUGUUGUACCAAUGGCAACAGGCAUGAGCCUGACACUUUGUUUUCUUGCAUUGAGGCCGAGAAGACCGAAAGCCAAGUUUAUCAUUUGGCCAAGAAUUGAUCAGAAGUCAUGCUUCAAAUCCAUGAUCACUGCAGGGUUUGAACCUAUAGUGAUUGAGAAUCUGCUGGAAGGAGACGAAUUGCGCACAGAUCUGCAGACUGUGGAAGCCAAGAUUCAAGAGCUCGGGGCAGACAACAUCCUUUGUGUACAUUCCACUACCUCUUGCUUUGCCCCCAGGGUCCCUGACAGACUUGAAGAAUUGGCUAAGAUUUGCUCAAAAUAUGAUAUCCCCCAUAUAGUCAACAAUGCUUAUGGUGUACAGUCAUCCAAAUGUAUGCAUCUAAUUCAGCAGGGAGCACGUGUCGGCCGAAUAGAUGCUUUUGUUCAGAGUUUAGACAAGAACUUCAUGGUUCCAGUAGGUGGUGCUAUCAUUGCUGGCUUUGAUGAUGUCUUCAUAAAGGAAAUCAGCAAAAGUUAUCCAGGCAGAGCUUCAGCAUCACCCUCAAUGGAUAUUCUGAUUACAUUGCUGUCGCUGGGUGUGAACGGUUAUAAGAAACUUCUAAAAGAAAGAAAGGAAAUGUACACUUACCUUUCAAAUGAGAUGAAGAGGUUGUCUGAAGCUUAUGGAGAAAGACUUCUGGAGACGUCACAUAACCCUAUAUCUUUAGCAAUGUCCCUGAAAAGAUUCCAUCAAUAUGGUGAUGAGUCGGUUACUCAGCUUGGAUCAAUGCUUUUCACCAGACUGGUAUCUGGAGCCAGAGUUGUUCCUCUUGGCUCAAAACAGACUGUAAAUGGGUACACAUUCCAGGGCUUCAUGUCACAUGCUAAUGACUAUCCGUGCCCUUAUCUGAAUGCUGCAUCGGCUGUCGGAAUGAAAAAACAGGACGUGGACCUCUUUAUUAAAAAACUGGAUAAGUGCCUUAAGAGUUUGAGGAAAGAGCGAGGAAAUCUAAGAAGUGAAACUGGAACCAAAACAUUGGAAAAAUCUGAAGAUGCUGGUGUAUGUGAGUUAUCAGGAAGUGUCCACGAUGUUCUGAGAAUUGGGACGGAUGAAACAGCUGCCCCAACUGAUGGAGUGGUGUCAUUGUAAAAUGUUCUUCAGGGGCAAGCACUCAGCAUUAUGCUCUGGAAAUGCAAUAAUAACAUCUUGAAUGGGAUCAUUGAGAAUUGUCAUUAUUGUUCACAGCUAAUUUUUUUUAUUUUCCGCUGCUCUGUGUAAAAACUAGUGGUAGAGGAUUGUGCUAUUAUUCUGAAUUAAUGUACGUUAGUAAUUUAAUUGCAACCAGCUGAAAGAAUAAUUCGGUCUUAUUAUGAUGUAUAAAUCAUUGACAUGAAUAAAAGUAGUUUUCUCCAUCAGAA